AUGUCGGCCACAAGCGAUCGCCGGGAAAUUAUUAUUGUUGGUGGUGGCAUUAUUGGUUGUUGCUCAGCGUACUACCUGACGAGACAUCCAUCAUACGACCCUACCCGACAUAAAAUCACUCUCAUCGAGGCCUCCGAAAUCGCUGGCGGGGCAUCAGGAAAGGCAGGUGGCAUGCUCGCGCAAUGGGCAUAUCCAAGCAACAUCGUCGGUCUGAGCUAUAAGCUCCACGCAGAACUCGCAAAAGAACACGAUGGUAUCAAUCGAUGGGGUUACAGGGAGGUAAACUGCGGUCAAUUGGUUGUGAGAGGUCGCGCUCUCACGGAAAAAAGUGAAGGGAAAGCCGGGACUUCGGAAUCUCUUCAAAAACGCAGUACAGCCGCUCUAUCUAAGCUCAAGUCUGCCAAGAUCCCUCAGGACUUGGACUGGAUUGAGCCGGAACUUCUGCGCGCCUAUGAGAGUAUGAGCGGCCCCGGCGAAACCGCGCAAGUGCACCCGUACCUCUUUACUACAUCCAUUGCAAAGCUUGCACAGGAGAAAGGCGUAAGUAUUAUUCUUGGACAGGUGACAGAUAUUGCUCGGUCGAAGAGCUCCGUGGAGUCUGUGACAUACACCGACAAAACAUCGGGAGAAACCCGAACCAUCCCUGCUACCGAUGUCCUCGUUGCUGCUGGUCCUUGGACAAAUACCAUUCUCCCAGAGGUCCCGAUAUCAGCAAUGCGGGCUCACAGCGUGGUUAUCCAACCCAAGGAACCUGUCAGUGCAUACUGUUUAUUCACCAAUAUUGAGAUCCCGGCCAACUUCCAUCCGGAGAGGAAAUCACGUCCAACCGUGGCAGCACCGGAGAUCUAUGCGCGACCAGAUGCAACUGUCUAUGCAUGUGGUGACGGGGACAGGACAGCUCCACUACCAAAGACUUCUGCAGAUGUCACAGUCGACCAGGAGCGCUGCCAGGAAAUUAUAGACCAGGUUGGCAGUAUCUCUGAUGACUUGCGCGAAGGCGAGGUUCUCACGCGCCAGGCUUGUUAUCUUCCAAACUGUGAUUCCGGUGGUGGGCCGCUUGUUGGUUUGACUGGUGUCAAGGGUCUCUAUCUUGCUGCUGGUCAUACUUGCUGGGGCAUCCAGAAUGCUCCUGGUACUGGUAAGCUCAUGAGUGAGUUUGUGUUCGAUGGCAAGGCGAAGAGUGCGAAGAUCGCGUCGUUGGAUCCCCGCGACCAUAUAUGA